UUGAGAAUGGUUUCUGUGAUGAGACCUGUGCUGAGCAGGGGAAUCUAUGUGCGAUGGGAUUGGUCAGUUAUGGCACCUUGCUACUCUGCUUUCUGUGGUCACUCUGAUGUCAGACACUGUUCAAGCAUGCCUGCACACAGAGAGAGCACAGCCCUCCGCUCCAAACCCCUACAGGCUAUGCCAGGACAUAGUGGAUGGAGCACUUUCUACUGGCUCUUCAUCAAGGGAUACUUCAAAAGGUUACACCGGCUCCAGAUAAUAGAACAGAACAUGUUUGGGCCAUUGUGGAGAAUGGGACCCAUAGUGAAUGUGGCUGACAACAGCUUGAUUGAACAAGUUUUGCGUCAGGAAGGGAAGUAUCCCAUGAGGAUCGUUGAGAACCUCUGGAAAGAACAACGAAAAGUACGGGGACUGGCAAAUGGCCUCAUCACUGCGGAGGGUGAGGAGUGGUACAGACUGCGGGCCUUGCUCAACAAAAGGAUGCUGAAGCCACAGGAUGCUACGUUAUAUCAGGGUGUUAUCAACGAGGUAGCAACUGAUUUCAUCAACCGAAUCCAGAGGCUGCGCUCGGCAAGUGGAUCAGGGGUCAUGGUACACAACAUUACUCAGGAACUGCAGAAGUACACCUUUGAAGUAAUUGCUGCUAUCCUGUUUGAGAUCCGCCUGGGCUGUCUGCAGGAGAAGGUUCCAGAAGAAACGCAGAAAUUCAUCAAUUCUGUCAUGACAAUGUUCCGUGCACUGGGCUACUGCGAACUGUUACCAAAGUGGACAAAGAACUGGCUGCCAUUUUGGAAGCAGUACCUUCGGGCUUGGGACAACAUGUUUGAUUUUGCUAUAAAGGCUGUGGACAGGAAGAUGGUGCAGAUCCAAGAACUGAUGGAUGCUGGACAUUCAGUGGAGGGGCAGUAUCUGACCCACCUGCUGGCCAGUGAGCAAAUGAACCAAUCUGAGAUGUACAGCAGCAUCACCGAGCUCCUUUUGGCUGGAGUGGACACGACGGCAAACACCUUGUCCUGGGCCCUGUACUCUCUGGCCAAGAAUCCUGAAAUUCAAGAAUCCAUCUUCACGGAGAUAUGGAGCAGCUGUCCAGGAGAGAAGAUUCCAACACCUCAGGAUCUCAGCAAAAUGUCCCUGCUGAGAGCUGUCAUCAAAGAGACACUGAGGUUGUACCCCGUUGUUCCAAGUGGGUAUCGCACGCUGAACAAAGACAUCGUGUUGGGCGGUUACCAUAUUCCUCAGAAUACAACGUUUGUCCUGUGUCACUAUGCCAUGUCCCACAGUGAACAGAACUUUCCCAGUCCUCACCUCUUCAAACCAGAACGCUGGGUCCGAGGCGCAGAUAAACUCCAGCAUCAUCCAUUCAGCUCAAUGCCUUUCGGGUACGGUGUCCGGGGCUGCCCAGGGCGAAGGAUCGCUGAGCUGGAGAUGCAAUUAAUAAUGGCCAGGCUGCUGAAACAGUUCCAGCUAAAGCUGGAGCCUGGAACACAGGAAAUUUCUGCGAAGACCAGGAUUGUUCUUAUUCCUGAGAAACCCAUAAAUUUGCAGUUCCUGGACCGGCAGUGAAGGAUCAAGAGCAGGAAGGAGUGACGAGGCUCAAAUCCAUCGCAAUCUCUCAGGUCAUGCCAAAUCAGCCGACCUUUUCAUUGUAUACUGUAUCUCACUUCACACAGAAAUUCCCCUCCCUGACCACUUAAUUCAGUUCUGUCCUUUAACAGCAUUCCCACAGUAACACGUCACAACUGGACUUCCCACCUCCUUCCCGAUUUCCAAUCUUUUUCCUGCAGGAGUUGUGCCCCAGCUUUGGAAGAGUUUUCCUGCAGCUGCAAUUUCCAGCACAGGCCUGACAGGCUGAAUGGCCACUCCCUGGGUUGUAAAAUGGCUGGUCAUCAGACCUGGCCCACACAGCACAGAACCCGUAGUGUGGGAAGGAAGCAAGGAGCUGCAGUCUAAACACAGGAUUUGUCAUCUCCUGCAGGACCCAAACAAUCAGCAAGGACAAAGGCUUUUUUCAUAACCCAACUGGGUGAUACUUAAUCUUUGCUCAAAGGCCCACUCACCCCAAACUCCAAUAAUUUUUUCAUUAAGUAAUGAAGUGUUCAAAAUUUUUGUAAACUUCCAAUUCUGCACUCAGAAUUCCUAUUGUAACUUUGUAAAUCUCUCAUGAGAGAGGGGUUGGAAUAUCACAGCAGAAUCCCACAACCACGCGAUCACAUGUACGAAGAAAUUAUGACAAAGACACUUAAUGGGAUUUUUGUAGAAGAUAAGAACGUAAGAAAUAGGAGCAGGAGUAGGACAUCCGGCCCCUCGAGCCUGCUCCCCUGUUCAAUAAGUUUGUGGAUGAUCUUUUUGAGGCUCAGCUCCACUUACACACCCACUCACCAUAACCCUUAAUUCCUUUACUGUUCAAAAAUCUAUCUUUGCCUUAAAAAACAUUCAAAGGGAUAGCAUGACAACUGCCUCACUGGGCAGGGAAUUCCACAGAUUUGCAACAGGUCCAGCUCCAUCUCAGAAGGACAGAGGGUCAGCACCCAUUGCACGAGAAUAGCAACACAUUCCCUAGGCGCAGUGCUCUCCACGAGGUUGGAGCGCUGCCCAACACUGUCUACUCCAGCUUUCCCAGAGUUUAUGUUCAAAUCUCCUGGUCUGCUUUAAUUUACAAACUGCAAUCAGGGAUCAGUAUGUUAACUGCUCUCUUUAUUCUUCCAUGGGAUGUGGGUGUUCCUGGCAGGGCGAGAAACUGCUCUCCACCCCAUGAACCGUGUGGUCAUUUCAGAGUGUAAUUAGGAGUCACCCACGUUGCAUGUGGCUAGGAAAUCACACCCGAUCAGGUCAGGAGGGCAGAUUUCCUUCUAGGAUGGACCUUCCUGAACCAGGUGGGAUUUUACAACAAUAAAGGUGAUGACCAUUGCUGAGACCAGCUUCAGAGUUCAGAUUUUAAAUUGAAUUUAAAUUCAGCACGAGAUGCCCAUGAGAUUAGCAUGGGCCCCUGGCUCCUGCAUCAUUUUCCAUUUUGUUAUCUUAUUGACCACUAUCAGGUUGACCUGAACCUAAUUAUGUUCAAGGAUUGAUGUUUUUGAUCUCAGUGGCGAGGUUCUUUAACUGCUUAAUUCCUUGUGACCCCAUGGUACAGAUCAGUAAAGAGAUUCGAGGAUAAACAAAGGCUAUCACAAAUCCAAAUCUAGGAUUCGGGGGAAACACUGGAAGGUGAUUUUUACUGCUUGCAGGUUGACAAUUCCAAAAUCAUCUCGUCAGACUUUUAACUUACAGCCUCUGUAAACCUGAUCCCAUAAAACAGUGUUGUUCAACUCACAUCAAAUCACAUUUAUCCAUUACUCUGUGCUCGCCGACCUGCGAUGGCUAUGAAUUUUGAGUUUAAAAUUCUCAUGGUCUCACCUUUGCAACUAUCUCUGUCAUCACCUCCAGCUCCAUAAUGGUCCAAAGCCCCUGCAGCUCUCCUGCUGUAGAUUCUAGCGCAUCCCUCAUUCCCUUCACCUCUCCAUCAGUGGCUGUGCCUUCAGUUGCCUGGAGCCGACAUUCUGGAAUAUCCUCCCUAAACUUUUGUAGAGCUUCAUCUUAUCCAAAGAAAUAAACUUUGAAUACAUGAAACUUUGCAAGCCCACGCCCAACUAAUGAUGGACACCACAAUAAAAUAGCUAGUUAGCAUCAUGUUUCAAGGCAUGCUCAAGUGUUUACACCAAGCCAGGCAGUGAUAGGUUGGGUCAGGAAUUGUUGUUAUAGCUACACAGAGGCUCCCCGACCCUGCCCAUUGAUCCCUCUACCAAGGGGAAAAUUUCCUUCCUGUCUAUUCUUCAGACUUCUCUGCUCCAAGGAAAACAACCCAUGCGUCCAACCUCUUCAUAAGUGAAACUCGCCUGGUAGAACUCCAUUGUACCCUCUCCACUGCAUUCACGGUCUUCCUAUAAUGUGGAUUCCAGAAGUGCGUAUGAUACUUUAGCCUCAAAUAAUGUAAACUGUAAGCUUUUUUGAUCUGUACAUCCUUUGCUUGCUGAGAUGUGCCUGUACCACUUGUAAACAAAGCUUUUCACUGUAUUUUGGUCCAUGUGACAAUAAAUCAAUCCAUCCA